UAUAAAAUAUCCGACAUUAAAAUCAUAAUUAAAUCCUCAAUAUUUAAACUCUAGAAAAGAAAAAGAAAAAAAAAAUACAAUUCCCCCAACUAUAGUUUGCUCUCAAUUUUACAGUUCAAUUGAAAAUCACAAUGAGUCUAAUGGAAGUUGAUAGAACAGCAUUGGUGGCGUUUGCACCAGACGCGCCGUUGUUCGCCGCCGGAACUAUGGCGGGAGCAGUAGAUAUCUCAUUUAGUUCAUCAGCAAAUCUUGAAAUCUACAACCUUGAUUUCCAGUCUGAUGCUCUAACGUUAUCAGGCGCUGUACCGAGUUCCGAACCGUUUAACCGGUUAACAUGGGGGAAAUCACCGGUAUCCGGUUCCGAAGAAUUCGAACUCGGUUUGAUUGCUGGUGGACUUGUUGAUGGUGAUAUUGGUGUUUGGAAUCCUAAGUUACUCAUCAGUUCGGAAGGAAGAGAAAAUGCCCUUGUUCAACAACUAUCGAGACACAAAGGGCCUGUUCGUGGACUGGAAUUUAGUUCCCUUUCCCCAAACCAUCUUGCUUCUGGUGCUGAAGAAGGUGAAAUCUGUAUAUGGGAUUUUGCUAAGCCAACAGAGCCUACACGUUUUCCCCCUCUCAAGGGUAAUGACUCUUCUACACAUGGAGAAAUUUCAUUUUUAUCUUGGAAUAAGAAGGUUCAGCCUAUCUUGGCAUCAACAUCUUCUCACGGAACUACCGUCGUUUGGGAUCUUAGGAAGCAAAAGCCAAUUAUAAGGUUCUCUGAUUCUGUUAGAAGAAGAUGUUCAGUUUUGCAAUGGCAUCCUGAUUUUUCCACCCAUCUUGUUGUUGCUUCAGAUGAUGAUAAUUCACCAUCAUUAAGGAUAUGGGAUAUGCGGAACACAAUGUCACCAUUGCGUGAGUUAGUAGGUCACACGAAAGGUGUCGUUGCAAUGUCAUGGUGUCCCCAUGAUAGCUCUUAUUUGCUUACCUGUGCCAAAGAUAACCGUACUAUUUGCUGGGAUACAAAUUCUGCUGAGAUUGUCUCUGAACUUCCAGCUGGAACCAACUGGAACUUCGAUGUGCACUGGUAUCCGAAAUUACCUGGGGUCAUAUCGGCGUCCUCAUUUGAUGGAAAAAUUGGUAUUUAUAACAUUGAGGCUUGUGCUCGUUAUGGUGUUGGUGAUGGUUAUUCCCCUUCAGGAUCUUUAAGAGCCCCAAAUUGGUAUCAACGUAAGACUGGAGUUACGUUCGGUUUUGGUGGUAAACUCGUUUCUUUUCAUGCAACUGAUUUCAAAUCUGGAGUCUCGCAGGUUGAUGUGCAUGACUUGGUUACUGAACAUAGUUUAGUUAGCACGCCAUCUGAAUUGGAAGAUGCAAUGCGUACUGGAGAGAGAUCUACCUUGAGGAUUUUGUGUGAUAAAAAAACUCAAGAAUCCAAAUCCGAGGAUGACAAAGAAACUUGGGGCUUUUUAAAGGUUAUGUUUGAAGAGUAUGGAACAGAACGAACAAAACUCUUACACCAGCUUGGCUUCAGUUUACCCACAGAAGAAGUAAAUGAUUUGAUACAAAAUGAUCUUGUUCAGGGUUUAAGCUCCCUCAAUCUUGUCAAAAGCAAUGAAGCUAAAGAAGGAUUUAUGGAUGGCAACCAAGCAUUCAAUCACCCAUCUGAUAAUGGGGAAGAUUUCUUUAACAGUUUUCCUAGUCCUAGAGCUGACACGCCCAUGUCAACUUCUUAUAAUAAUUUUGCUACUGAAGAAUCUGUUCCAUAUGCGGAAGAAACAACACAAGAAAAUGAUUUACAAGUGGAAAUUGAUGACCCUUCAUAUGAUGAUUCUGUUCAACGUGCAUUGAUCGUUGGGGAUUAUCAGGGAGCUGUUGCUCAGUGCAUAGCUGCUAAUAAGAUGGCAGAUGCUCUAGUUAUUGCUCAGGUUGGUGGUGCUUCCUUAUGGGAGACCACUCUUGAUCAGUACUUCAAAAGAAAUACUUCCCCCUACCUAAAGGUUGUUGCUGCAAUGGUCAAUAAUGACCUUGUUAGCCUUGUUAAUAUCAGGCCCCUGAAAUCUUGGAAAGAAACUCUUGCUCUCCUCUGCACGUUUGCACAGGGUGAUGAAUGGACUUUACUAUGUGAUACCCUUGCUUCUAGGCUCAUGACUGCUGGAAAUACAUUAGCAGCAUCUCUUUGCUAUAUAUGUUCUGGAAAUAUUGAUAGAACUGUAGAAAUCUGGUCAAAGAAGGUUUCAACCAAGCAUGAGGGCAAGUCCUGUGUUGAUCUUCUUCAGGAUCUAAUGGAGAAAACCGUGGUUCUUGCUUUUGCAACGGGUCAAAAAAAAUUCAGUGCUUCUUUACGCAAACUUAUUGAAAAGUUUGCUGAAAUAUUAGCAAGUCAGGGACUUCUAUCAACCGCAAUGGAAUAUUUGAAGCUUAUAGGCACUGACGAUCUAUCUCCUGAACUUGUCAUCUUACGAGAUUGGAUAUCCCACUCAUCAGAACCAGACUUUGUUUACUCUCAAACACACACUCGAGGCGUGUAUGAUGCAAACCAACAAACUAAUCCUGUUGUGGAACCCCACCGAAACUAUUAUGAGGAAAAUUUUCGACAACCAUCAGAGCCAUCCUACAAUAAUCAAGAUGAACAGCCCCGACAUAACAUGUUUGUUCCAACCGCUAUAGCUCCCAAUCAACGUGAAAUUUUUCGACAACCAUCAGAGCCAUCCUACAAUAAUCAAGAUGAACAGCCCCGAUAUAACAUGUUUGUUCCAACUGCUAUAGCUCCCAAUCAACGUCAAAACCAUCAACCACCUGAAGUAUCUUACAAUAAUCAAUAUGAACAGAUGCAGCGUAGUAUGUUUGGUCCAUCUUCUACAACACCCAGUCCACCGUCGGCAUUUAAUCAAGCUCCUGCUGCAAGACCCUUUGUUCCUAGUACACCCCGAAUGAUGAUAAAUGCAGACCAAUACCAGCGUUCUGCCACUUCUGCUUCUCAGCUAUAUCCUGUGAAUGAUAACUCCAAUAAUGAAUCCGAACAACCAGAGGUGAAUUUAUUUGCCCCUUUCCCAUCUCCAGUGGUUCCUACUACUCGGCCGAAGUCACAUCAGGUGUUGUCUCACACACCUACUGUAACAAAAUUUAUUCCCGUAAGUGAUGUAGCAACGCAAGGAACGACAUCAGGUGAAAUGCAACCCAACAGUGCUAUUGAGUCUGCCGUGGCUCUUGCAACCCCUCCGGCAACUGUACAAACAGCUGAUGUAUCAAAUGUACCUGCCCUGCAAAAACCAGUUAUCGCAACAUUGACUAGACUCUUCAAUGAGACAUCAGAGAUGCUGGAGCUGGAGAAUUCACGUGGAGCUCUAGCUACGAAGCGUGAGAUUGAUGACAUCUCAAAGAAAAUAGGUGAUUUGUUUGCUAAACUAAACAGUGCUGAUAUAUCGAAAAAUGUUGCUGAAAAACUUGUUCAGCUCUGUCAAGCAGUGGAUCGUGGUGACUUCCCUACAGCUCUCGAGUUCCAGAACGAUCUUGUCGCGAGUAACUGGGAUGAAUGCAACUCCUGGAUAGCAUCACUUAAACGAAUGAUCACGACUAGACAAAAAGCAAGAUGACUUACGACAUACUAUCAAAUUUGAUGCUUUUGGCUUUCCAAAUCAGUUAAAGGAGUUGGAUCACAGGGUUUUGUAGCUUAUUUUUUGUGUAUUUUUUAUUUAUUUAUUAGCUAACAGACAUAAGUUGAUUAAAAUUGAGGGGUUAAUUUAUAGUAUAAAUUUCCCCUAGACUUGUACUUGUAUAGUUGAUAUUCUUUGUACAUUACCUUUGACAUAAUUUUGGAUUUGGUAUUCUUUCAA